AUGAUAGUAGCACUGGAACAGAAGCACCUUGAAGCAUUUGAGAUAAUGCAACAGGCACUCAACAUAGCCGAAGAGAAGCUGGAAAAUGCCACCGAUAAGAUAUCGCUUUUGGAGGAAACCCACGCGGCUGCGGUAAAGAAAAUGGAAGAAGAACUGAUUGCAACAAACAAACAGUUGCACAACGCAACCGUCAGGAUCGAGGUGUUAGAAUCUGAACUAAGCAUCACACGUGGAUUGAUUGUGACUCUGAAUGCUACCAAGGCUAGCGUAGUAGCAGUGAGUGAGCUGCACAGAGAAAAAGCCUCCCAAGCUGAGUUUGUGGUCCUCUCCGCCAACCAAACACUGCUGGCAGAGGUUAGUACACAGGCACACAAAGAUAUACGACAGGAACUGAACGAGCUAUCCAACAGUGCACUCAACCAGACCCACCACGAUCAGCUGGAAGACUUUAUCGCCAUAUUUGCCUCCACCAAGGCCAACCAGAGCAACUUUGAAAUUCUGGUCUCACGUGUGGCAACCCUACAAAACAGCACCGACGAACUGUCUCAGACGCUGGAAUACACGACAGGGGAAUUAGAGGUGGAUAUACAAGGCUUGUUCACAGUAGCACACAACGCGACGCUUGCUGUUGCCAGCAUUUUAGACCAGGUGGCAGUCCUGAAAACUACAAAGGUGGAGAGGGCUGAAUUUGACAGUCUCUCGGCAAACCUGACGUCCCUAAGAAGCACCACAUCCAGGAUAGACCAAAAACUUAGAUAUGACAUAGACGAUCUAGCUGGCGGUACUAUCAAUAGAACGCACCAUGACGAGCUACAGGACAUUGUGAACAUGUUCGCGGAGACCAAAGCUAACCUGUCUGACUUGAAAGCGCUCGAAAAACGGGUUUCUAACCUAUCCCGGGACAUCAAUGGUAGCAUCAGCGAUUGA